AUGCCGCACUACGCAGACCGAAAAGACCUCUUCCCCAUGCAAGGCGGCUGUCCCUGCGGCCACAUCCGCUACCAAGUCAACCUCCCACCCCUCAUCGUCCAGACCUGCCACUGCACCCUCUGCCAGCGCCAAAUAGGCAGCGCCUUCGCCAUCAACGCCAUCAUCGAAUCCUCCGCCAUCACCCUCCUCCCGUCCGCCCCCCUCACCACCCCGCCCAGCAAGGCCGACGCGCAAGCCUCGUCUUCUCCAGCCUCAGGCACUGUAUGCGGCGUCCUCCCCGCCUUUGCCGACUUCACCAACGCAGCAACCACAGCGACUGUUCCCCAAUCCACUGCUGCUGCGCCAAGCUCUCCCAUCCUAGUGACAAUUCCAACCCAAUCAAAAGUCGGCCAAACCGUCGCCCAGUGCCCCCUCUGCCGCGGCAGCCUGUGGAACUACUACGCAGACGGCGGCCUCUUCAUGACCUACCUCAUCACCAGCACCCUCGACCACCCCUGGGAGCUCGAGCCCGACGUGCACAUCUUCACCCGCAGCCGCAGGGAUUUCGUCACCAUCAACGACGGCAAGCCCCAGUUCGAGGGCCAGUACCCGGACAGGUCCGCCUUCUUCAGGCCCGACUGCAAGGCCAGAGUCGACGCCCUCUUGGAAAAGCAAGGCGCGUGGAGGAAGCAGCUCAAGGCUGCUUACAAGGCUCAGUUUGCCAAAAUUUAA